UUUGAGGUCAUGUUGACAUGAAAUAUGGAGUCAUCUUUGAUAACUUCACCUGGGAAAGAGAGUCUUCUUUCUUAUUAAAAAGCAUGAGGAAAAUAAAUGAUGAAAGAAACGCCAAUGCCAGCACUACAUCUUUUUGUAUUAUCUCUUUUUUAACCCAUCAAAACUAAUGGCUUGUGCUAAAGGAAGAUGAUUUGUUCAUCAAAAAUUUUAGCAGUAAUAAAAAAUCUUUCAUCUUAAACUGUACAACUCUCUUACAAAAUUUAACACAUAAAAAUCUUGAAGGCCUUAUUUAAAUUAGCUUUUUUAGUUUUCAGAACUUCAUCAUUUACAUAUUUACAUAUCCUAUUUUUACUUUGCAAAGUCUUCAUAAAAAUUUACAGCAGCAGGAAAGAUAUGGACUUGGAAGCUUACAUUAUAAUAGACUGCAGUGAAUUUAAGUGGACAAUUGAGGACAUCAUCCACUUUAUCAUCAGAAAUAACACAUAAGUAUACAGUUCUUAGCGUUAUUGCGAACAAAUUUGCUUGAAAAUGGCAUGGGUAAAAUUCUUACGGAAACCUGGUGGCAAUCUUGGAAAAGUUUAUCAACCUGGGAGUAUGCUAUCCCUGGCCCCUACCAAAGGCUUGUUAAAUGAACCAGGACAAAACAGCUGCUUUCUUAAUAGUGCUGUACAGGUUUUAUGGCAGUUGGACAUAUUCCGACGAAGCUUGCGGGUUCUGACUGGACAUGUUUGUCAGGGAGAUGCCUGCAUAUUUUGUGCAUUGAAGGCAAUAUUUGCACAGUUUCAACACAGUUGAGAAAAAGCGCUUCCUUCGGAUAACAUAAGGCAUGCUCUUGCAGAAAGCUUCAAAGAUGAGCAGCGAUUUCAGCUUGGCCUUAUGGAUGAUGCUGCAGAGUGCUUUGAAACUAUAUUGGAGAGGAUUCAUUUUCACAUAGUGCCAAGCAAAGAUGCGGACAUGUGUACCUCUAAGUCGUGUAUCACUCACCAGAAGUUUGCUAUGACUCUGUAUGAACAGUGUGUGUGUCGUAGCUGUGGAGCAUCAUCAGAUCCUUUACCUUUUACAGAAUUUGUACGGUACAUUUCUACAACAGCCCUAUGCAAUGAAGUUGAAAGACUGAUGGAAAGGCAUGAACGCUUUAGGCCUGAAAUGUUUGCAGAACUACUGCAAACAGCAAAUACAACUGAUGACUACAGGAAAUGCCCUAGUAACUGUGGCCAAAAAAUAAAAAUUCGCCGUGUUUUAAUGAAUUGCCCAGAGAUUGUCACAAUUGGUUUAGUCUGGGAUUCUGAACAUUCUGACUUGACUGAAGAUGUUGUUCGGAAUCUAGCAACACAUCUUUAUCUUCCUGGGCUUUUUUACAGGGUUACGGAUGAAAAUGCCAAAAAUAGUGAACUUCACCUUGUUGGUAUGAUCUGCUACACCAGCCGACAUUAUUGUGCCUUUGCUUUUCAUACCAAGAGUUCCAAAUGGGUAUUUUUUGAUGAUGCAAAUGUGAAAGAAGUUGGAGCUAGAUGGAAAGAGGUGGUCUCCAAGUGCAUCCGAUGCCACUUCCAGCCACUGCUUUUGUUUUAUGCAAACCCAGAUGGCACAGCAGUUUCUACUGAAGAUGCACUCAGACAGGUCAUCCACUGGUCAAAUUAUAAAUCUGUUGCAGAAAAUAUGGGAUGUGAAAAGCCCUCAAUUUACAAGUCUGAUAACUUAAAAGAAAAUGGAUUUGGUGAUCAAGCAAAGCAGAGAGAAAGUCAGAAAUUUCAAACAGAUAAUAUUUCAUCAUUUAAUAGGAGCCAUGUUCAGACAUGUGGAAGUAGAGGACCAGUUAAGUUAAAUCACAGUGACCAAAGGGAAAAGAUGAAAGACAUUUCCAGAGAAUGUGCUUUGAAAGCCAUUGAACAGAAAAACUUACUUUCUUCACAGAGAAAAGAUUUGGAGAGGGGACAGAGAAAAGAUUUGGGCCGACAAAGAGAUUUGGUUGAUGAAGAUAUUUCAUAUUUCAAGUCUGGAUCAUCUCCUGCCACAAAUGGUUUUAGACAAUAUGGGAAUCCUCAUCUGUAUCAUAAUCGAGGAAAAGGACCUUGUAAACAUGACCAAGUUGCCCAUCAGAGUCAAACUUCUGCACAAAUGUUAAGUUCAAGUAAAUCCCAGAUUCUUGCUCCAGGACAGAAAACAAUUAGCAAGGUUAAGAGUGACAGUGGCACUGGAUAUGAUACAGACAGCAGCCAAGACUCUAGGGAUAAAGGAAGCAGCUGUAAUAGCAUCAGUAAAAGCCGGAACCGAGGUUGGAAACCUAUGAGAGAAACAUUAAACGUUGAUAGCAUUUUUAGCGAAAGUGAAAAAAGGCAGCACAGUCCAGGACAUAAAUCAAAUAUUGGUAACAAACCUAAAUGCAGCAAAGAUCAUAGUUUUAACAAUUGGCCAAAAGAGAAUCCAAAGCAAAAAUGUUUAAUGACCAUAUAUGAAGAUGAAAUAAAGCAGGAAAUAGGAAGCAGGAGUUCACUUGAAUCCAAUGGAAAAGGAACAGAGAAAAAUAAAGGCCUCGUAGAGACCAAAGUUCAUGCUGACAACUGGCAGAUGCAAAGGACUGAAUCUGGAUAUGAAAGCAGUGACCAUAUCAGUAAUGGAUCAGCUAAUUUGGACUCAACUGUUAUUGAUGGAAAUGAUACAGUAAUGAAUAUCAGUGGUGUUAAAGAAGCACCAUCCUUCAGUAACCAGAGUAAGUCAAGCAACCUAAAUAUAGAAUAUGUGGAUUGUAUCUCUCAGAGCAAGAACCACUUGGAAGGUCACAUACACAUGAAACCAAUGGAAAGUUAUUCCUUUCUUCCAGUCCACAAAUAUUUAAGGACCAUACUUCAAGGGAGCAUAUCCACCAGUCAAGUGAACAGCAACUUGAGAAAUCAAGUGAAUGCAAAUUUUCUGAGUGGCUUAAUAUAG